AUGAAUGAUAAUGAGCGUAUUUCUGUAUCUUUUAAUAAGCGUGGUCAACCAGAAGAUGGAAAAUUGUCUCAGUUUAUUGGCACGAUAGCACGUAAUGGAAAUAUUGUACCUGUUGAUGUGUGGAUAGAUAAGUUUGAUGUUUUAGAUGAUCGUAAAGAAUGGUGUUUAAAGGACCUAAAUGCAAAAUGGAAGCAAUGGAAAUGCAUUCUAUAUCCGGAUUUUUAUAAGCCUGAAGUUCCAAUAGCAGAACAACUUACUCCUCCAAUGGAUCGUGUUGUUAAAGAACAGUGGGUAAAUUUGCUUCAAAUGUGGCAAUCAGAAAAAAUUAAGACAUUUAGCAAAGUAAAUAAAAGCAGUCGUGCUUUGAAGAAAAUAAACCACUGUGUAGGAACAAAGCGAAGAUCGAAGUUUAUGAUCCAAAGCAAAGGUCGUGAGUAUGAUGCAAGUGCAUAUAAUCAACUAUUCAGAUGCAAUGAGGAUAAUUUUUCGCCAUCGUUCAGAAACGAAGACACCGUUUGCUGUUGCAGCAAUAACCUGAAGUCCCGAAUCAGAGUUUUCCUACCAGGAAAGAGUGGUAGUUUGUCGUUGGAGCCGCUGAAGUCCUGGAAGGCUCCGCCUCACAAAGCACAUUCAUUGAGAGUUGGGCAGAGACGGUUGAAUGUGCAGAAAGUUCAGUUAGAGUGA